AUGGCUUCCCCAACUUUGAUCACCCCUACCACUUCUACACCAAAACCUCUCACACCUAUCAGAUCAAAACUCACCACCAUCACCAUAAACGGCACUGCUACCAAUGCCACAACCGCAUUAUCCACUCAUCGUCGCGACUUUUUAUAUCUUGUGGCUGGUUUCGUCUCUCCAGUUUUACUCCUCCCAGUAACGCCGGCGUGGGCCGCCUUAGAAGAUGAAUAUGUAAAGGAGACUGAGGACGUAAUCAACAAGGUCAGAACUACCAUUAACUUGGACAAGAAUGACCCUAACAUAGAUUCUGCUGUAUCUCAGUUAAGGGAAACAUCCAAUUCUUGGGUGGCCAAGUAUAGAAGGGAGAAGGCUUUGCUGGGCCGAGCUUCGUUUCGCGAUAUUUAUUCGGCGCUUAAUGCUGUUUCAGGCCAUUAUAUUAGCUUCGGCCCCACCGCACCAAUCCCUGCUAAGAGGAAGCAAAGAAUCCUUGAAGAGAUGGACACUGCUGAGAAGUCUCUGUUGAGGGGGAGAUGA